AUGAUCGCCUGCUUGAAACCUUCACCGGAUACUCUUUCGAUAAUUAUAAUGGUCAUCAUCAUUGGGGUCUUCUUUUUCACGAUAGCGAUGUUCCCAACUAUCCUAAAAGCGAUUUAUGUGGUCUUUGUGGAGACCCUAUUUGCAUAUUAUCUGGUGAAAUUGAUCAGAAAAAUGUUCGAGAUGGAUAAAGAGGAGUACGAUUACGAUGAUGAGGAUAGCCACAUCUCAGAUGCCUCGUUUCUUGAUCAUUCAGACCUUUAA